AUGUCAGAAGUUGAAAAUAACGAUAAUACAGAAAAUAAAAAACAAUAUAAAAAGAAAAAAGAAAGAGAAGAUUUAGAAAUUCCAAAAGGUGUCGACCCAUGGAAACCAUUAGCAUUAAAAAGAGAGGAUGUACCAAAACGUGUACUCUAUGAUGAAAGUUCAUUUGCAACAUUAUUCCCAAAAUAUAGAGAAAAGUAUCUUCAAGAGAUUUGGAAAUUGGUUGAAAACCUCCUCAAAGAUCAUGGUAUUGAAUGUAAAUUAGAUUUAAUUGAAGGUUCAAUGACAACCACUACCACAUCAAAAUGCUGGGAUCCAGUUGCAAUUUUAAAAGCAAGAGAUUUAAUUAAAUUACUUUCAAGAUCUGUACCAUUUGAACAUGCACAAAAGAUUAUGUUGGAUGAUUAUAAUUGUGAGGUUAUUAAAAUUGGUGGUUUUGUUAGAAAUAAAGAAAGAUUUGUAAAGAGAAGACAACGUUUAGUAGGCCCAGAUGGUUCAACAUUAAAAGCCAUCGAACUUUUAACUAAAUGUUAUGUUUUAGUUCAAGGUAACACAGUAUCAUGUAUUGGACCAUGGCAAGGUUUACUCCAAGUACGUAAAAUCGUCGAGGAUUGUAUGAAGAAUAUCCAUCCAAUUUAUAAUAUUAAAGAAUUAAUGAUUAAAAGAGAAUUAGAAAAAGAUGAAUCAUUAAAAGCUGAAUCAUGGGAUAAAUUUUUACCACAAUUUAAAAAGAAAAAUCAAAACAAAAAGAAAAAAGUACAAAAGAAAAAGAAAGACAGAGACGCAGCUCCAUUUGCUCAAGAUCAAUUACCAAGAAAAGAGGAUAUUGCUAUGGCUUCUGGUGAAUAUUUCCUCAGUGAAGAAAAGAAACGUAAAUUAAAAGAAAAAGAAAGAGAAGCUAAACAUGUCGAAUCUGAAAAUAAGAGACAAGAAGAAAGAAUGAAAUUAUCAAUUGCACCAGAAGAAAAACAAAGAAAUAAAAACGAAUCAACCAAAACCAAUGUUAGCGAUACUCUUAAUAAUUUAAAGAAUAAUUUAAAAAAUGUAAGUUGA